AGUAACCAUGGUUAAUUUACGGUUAAAAGCAGAGCCCCUCAUCUAUAAAUUAACUCCCAAAGCUCCACUGUUUCCUCAUGUCGUAGAUCAAGCGAAUUCUCAGAUUCACUGAGUCAAUCUCUUCUUUCUCCUGUUGUUUCAAGAUUGAAUGCUGGAAAAAGCAGGCUUUUCUUCAAGGAUUUAACAUCGUUGGAUGGUGGGUGGAUAGUAGCACUAUUAGAAGAGAGUGGGUGAUUAAGGAAACAAAGCCAAGCGGGCCGGCUCUCAACUCUCUCUUCCUGUUGCUUGUCUUAGAAGCUGCUGAUUGAACGCAGGCAUCCAGCCGCCCAACUCCUUCAUACAGUGAGAAUCAGAUCAUCAUGAUCGCUUCAGCAGCUUCCCUAUCUGCGUGUAUUGCUAUCACCAGCACCAAUGAAGAGCUCUUUAUCGGUCUCGACAAAUUGACUAGUGGUUCUCCUCUACCGUGCAAUGUUAUCGAAGUAAAUCCUUACAGCGUCGAGCCCCAAUACUUACCAGAUGGUAUUUGGUUUUUGAUUAGCUCAAAUGAUAAGACUGAUAUGGAACAUGGCCUCUGGAAGGUCAAAGAGCAGGCCCGUGAAGUCUUCUCAAACUCUGAUAUUAUCGGUUGGAGAACCACUUUUGUGUACGACAAGGAUCAAGUCCCUCAUGAACAUAAAACUAACUGGGUAAUGCAAGUUUUCAGCACAACUCAGAAGAGAUUGUGCGACGAAAAUGCAAACAAGCCGGUCUGGUUGGAUAAUAUGCAGGAAACCAUCUCUAUGUGUAGAGUUUUUCUUGUUCCAAGUGAUGAAAUGCAGCAGAAAGUGUCUAGUGCUCGUAUUGGCACUGAAAAUCAUUUACCACAACCUCCUAUUCUGGAUGCUAACUGCAGUACAGGAAUAGGUUCCUCGAGCAACCGUCAGGUGAACAAGCAUGAUGAGAAAGAAGGAUUGGCUGUUGCAGGGACAAUUCCCGUUCCAGAGCAUCAAGAUGAAAAUGAUGUUGAAAUGGAUUGUUUCACAGAAGCUCAUAUUGAUUCUUUUUCACGUGGUGACUUUCUGGAAAUGAACGAUCUCAUCAACCAUGUAUCUUCUUCGAGUUCCGGUAAUUCAAGCGCUCCGAGCAUGUCGUCAGAUGAAUGUUUUGACUCAAUGGCUUUCUUACAAGAUCUAGAUCAAGACCUAGUUUUGGAACAGAAUGACAUAGGCAAAAAGCUUGAUGUCUCUGCAUCCAACAGGUUGGACGAGGUGGUUUUGGUUCCGGCUACUUUAGUAUCUGUUGUUAGUAUUGAAGGCAAUGAUUCGUCUAGUAAUGAAUUGUUAAAAACCACUAGCUCUGUACCUAAUUCAGCUAAUAACAAUGAGAUCUCAAAGCAUGCUACGGGGAACCAAAGGGAUGAAGGUCCAUCAUCAUCAUCAUCAUCAUCAUCUGUUAAACCGAAAUCUAGUAGAAGGAAGAGAGAUGCUUUGGGUAGAAUGAAAGAGCUUCGAAAGAAGUACUUAUGCUUUAUGCCAUUUUAGAUCUCAGAGGUAUGUGCUUUUUUUGUAAGAUAUCCAAAUUAUGAGUAUCACAAAGUGUAGAUUAAAUUAUAACUCUCACCUAGCUCUUAACAAGCUAAGCGAAUUAUUGCACUAUUAUCAUAUUCAGUGUGUAGAUUUUUACUGUUAUGUGUUAAAGCCUUAUUCAAUAUCAGGGCCUAAACAAAAAUGAAUGAAACUUAGCAUUGGUCCCCGUCUUCAA